UUUUUUUUAUAACUAUGCAAACAACUACUUAUACCCCAGUUUUUGAUUAUCAUAUUCCAUCAAUAGUUCAAUAAAUGCAUACAUAAACCCCUCACCACAAAUCCAAACAUAAAUUCAUUUGUCUUGCAACCUCCAACAUUCUUCUAUUUUUUUUUCUUUGGGUUUACAUUGCCCAUUUUCCACUUUACAUUUUCAUGGCAAAAUUUGUGCACAUUUGCUCUCUAUUGAUCAUUCUUUUGCUUGUGUUAGAUUUUAGUACACAAGCAUUUGGUCAUUCCAAAGGAUUGAAGCCAAAAAGAAACACAUGGAAGCAAUUAGGAGUAAAUUUGACACAAAGCCAAUACUCGGAACAACAAUUCAUGAAAUGGGUCAAUUUUGUUGGAGCUUUAAGGCAUUCUGUAUUCUCCACUGCCAAAAACAAGCUUUUCCCUUCCUAUACACUCACCGUUGACCGGAAUCCGGCUACGGGAGAUUUUACGACCAUUCAACAAGCUAUUGACUCUCUCCCUUUCAUAAACAUGGUUAGAGUUGUUAUCAGAGUUCAUGCAGGAGUUUACAAGGAGAAGGUAAAUAUACCUCCACUAAAAUCAUUCAUAACUAUAGAAGGGGCAGGUGCUGACAAAACAAUUGUGCAAUGGGGUGACACGGCUCAAACCAUUGGACCCAACGGCCAUCCCCUUGGCACCUAUGGCUCAGCCACUUUUGCAGUCAAUUCACCUUAUUUCAUAGCCAAAAACAUCACAUUUCAGAACACGACACCAGUGCCACGACCCGGGGCGGUAGGGAAGCAAGCCGUGGCAUUUAGGAUUUCAGCUGACACGGGUGCAUUUGUCGGGUGUAAAUUUUUGGGUGCACAAGAUACACUUUAUGAUCAAUUGGGUAGGCAUUAUUACAAGGAGUGUUAUAUUGAAGGCUCUGUGGACUUUAUUUUUGGCAAUGGUCUUUCUCUAUUUGAGGGGUGUCAAGUGCACGCAAUAGCACCUGUAACAGGAGCAGUAACGGCACAAGGAAGAAGUAGUUUGCUAGAAGACACAGGGUUCUCUUUCUUGAGAUGUAAGGUGACCGGGUCGGGUGCACUUUACCUUGGUAGAGCAUGGGGUCCCUUCUCUAGAGUUGUCUUUGCCUAUACUUACAUGGAUAACAUUAUUAUCCCUAAAGGCUGGUACAAUUGGGGUGACCCUAAUCGUGAAAUGACCGUGUAUUAUGGACAAUAUAAAUGUAGUGGACCAGGGGCAACAUUUGCAGGGAGAGUGUCAUGGUCAAGAGAACUCACUGAUGAGGAAGCCAAGCCUUUUCUCUCACUUAGCUUCAUUGAUGGUUCUGAAUGGAUCAAACUGUGACAUGUUCUUCAUCUUUUUUUUGUAUAUAUUUUGUCCAUAACUUUUCUACUUUUGUUUAUCUAAAGUAAUCUCUGCGCUAAGGAAGGUGAUUCAGAUACCAAAUCGACCAUGUCGGUUAUGAUAUUAAUCUUUUAGCUUCUAACAAGUCGAAAGUUCACCUGAAACAGAACAAAUAUGUUAGGAUUUGGAUUUUGGACCCUCAUAUGUCCUUCUCAUGCGAAUUUUAGCGCCAUUUUGUAGGAGGUGAGGGUUGCUUAAGGUAGAAUGAGUGUUGGAUUGAAAUAAAUGUUACUUAGAGAAUGUUAAGAUUGAUUUGAGUGUCGUUUUUGUUUGAAGAACAUGACAUUUUCUGAUUAUGUCAUGUAAGAUUGAGAUUGAGCAAGUGUUUGUUUUGAAUAUAACAUUGUUGUAUAUUACCAA